CAACAAUGGGAAAACAGCGAAAACAUAGACAUUUAUUAAGCAACUUGGAAACCCCGGUCAGGGGUCUGACGCAGACCCUUGACUCCCUUAAAGUAAUUAGCGGUGUUUCUUUUGUUAACCAAUUUCACUCUUUUGGUCAUAAAAUCCAAACCAUCACUUCAGAUCCGCUCAAACUCGUGGACACGGAUCUAAAAUAAAUGUGGCGUUGUUUGAGACGUGUAAAAUCAAAAUCUGUGAAAUCGUACUACGUAUAACAUUUUGUGGAUACCUACACCGGCUUUUCUGCCAAAAAAAAAGAAAGAAAAGAAAAAAAAAACAAGUCUUCCUGAUUGUGCACACCUGUCUGGCAGGUAAGGGCGACGGAAGCGCGGUUUGGCCGGAGACUCUGAAGCCUUCUCCGGCCUGUAUUUAUUAUGGCGACGCCGCUAUUUAAACGUGGUGCGCGUUGUUCGUUUAUGGUUCUCGCGAUUAUCUGCCUGUCGUUUCCAUCAUGCUACAACUUGGAAAACGAAUCUGUUGAACCCGACUUGUCCCUUCACCAUGGCAAUAUCCUGAGCCCUUUGCUGAAGGCUUUGUCGGAUCAGAACCCAUGGGGAGAUUUCACACCACGAGCCAAACCUGACUCCAUAUAUGUGCGCUACAUGAAGAGACUGUACAAACUAUCCUCCAAACCGGACCGGAGUCACGAGGCCUCUCACCUGUACAACACUGUCCGUCUGAUCACGCCUCGAGAGGAGUGUCUCGAGCAAAACCGAGAGUUCUUCAUGCAGGAUAUUUCCUACAGUCUGACUCGAGUGAGGUCUCAGGAGCAGCUGCUGAAGUCGGUCCUGCUUUACUCUUUUGACCACAACCACAUCGCCCCCUUCACAUCGCUCUGCUAUCUCGAUGUGAAAGAACAGAAGCCCUCGAAGGAUCAGAUGUGUUCUCCACACUUCGGCACGCAGCAGUCAGUCCCUCUUCUCAGCUUCCGCGUUCACACCGAGAGAAGGGUCCGCCGCCGCUGGGUGGAGGUCGACGUGACCUCCUUCCUCCAUCCUCUCAUUCAAGCCCAUAAGAAAGACAUCCAUCUGCUGAUCAACCUGACCUGCGUCAAAGACAUGAUCCCAAGACCCGGAGGCCAGGUUCAUAAGAGCCCGGUGGAGUUAACUCACAGAUCUCCAUCUCUCCUCCUUUACCUUAACGACACCAGCGAGUUCGCGUACCACAGAAGAGCCUCACGAGGUCAGAUGGUAGAUCUGACGUCAAACCAGUGGGAUGGAAAGUCCACAUGGUGGGAUUCAGCUUCACGAAAGAGACGAGGCACACUAAAGAGCACCAAUUCGCCGCACGCAAGUCCAGAAACAAGCAUGCCCAAACUCGUCCCCAUGUACGACUUUCCCACAGAUGACUGUGACUUGUACGAUUUCAAAGUGAGCUUCAGCCAGCUCAAACUGGACCAUUGGAUCAUAGCGCCUCACAAAUACAACCCGAGGUACUGCAAGGGAUAUUGUCCGAGGGCUGUGGGAUAUAUUUAUGGGUCGCCGGUGCACACGAUGGUUCAGAACAUCAUUUACGAGAAGCUGGACUCUUCUGUGCCCAGACCUUCAUGUGUGCCUUCAGAAUAUAACCCGUUAAGUGUUUUGACCAUUGAGAACGACGGCUCCAUUGCUUAUAAGGAGUACGAGGAGAUGAUUGCUACCAAAUGCACCUGUCGAUAAGAUUCAUUCAGCUUUUUUUGUUUUUGUUUUUUGUGAUGCAUUGCUUUUUGUUUUUUUUGUACAUAAUGAAGAUGAUUAAUGACCAGAUGUAUCGGAUAAUUUGCGGCAAUGCUUUGUUUAACAUUACCUUUUUAUCUGAUUCAUUAAUGCUUCGAAUAUUCAAAUCAAUUAUGCAAUUUAAUUAAUUUGGUGUUUUCUUAGACCCUUUAAUAUUUAUAUGUGGGGUAUUUAAUUGGCUAAAAGGAUAUCUUUCUUCUAUAAUGAGCAGUUGUGUUAUUUUAAGUUUGGUUCUUUCGGUUGGUGGUCUUGUCUCGCACUUUCUAUUCCUUAAACAUGAAUGACAGAAUUUUAAAUCUUCUAGUUCUGGACAGAAUAUAUAUAUAAAAAAAGUGUAUUUCUACUGUCUUAUCAGAACACUUUUACAUUGUAUUUUUUAAAACCUGGGAAUUGCAGACGGUUGUCUCAUGGGCAACCUCUCUCUUCUUGAUGUCCAGAAAAUAAGUUGCCUUAAUUGUGGGCAACUUGAUAUUUUGUGUAUUAAGAACGUAAUAGAUGAGAAUGUGUCACAUGACUAUUUAUAUAAUUUAUGUCUGUGUAAAUUAGUCAGGCUAGCUUUGGUUUCACAAAAGAUGAAAGAAAAGAAGGAAAAAAAAAUAAAAAUCCCACAUGAAAAUGUAAAAUAAAAACAUAAACUCAGCAAACAAACUUUUUAUUUUUUAUUUAAAUCAAACAUUGUUGGCUUGUCAUUGUUAUUUCGUAGUUUAGAGAAAAGCUAACAUCUAUGGUUCGAAGUCUUAAUUGUAGUGCUGGGUUAAGAACAUUUCUUUGUAGUAAACUUUAACAGGACUAAAAAUGAACAAAAAUAUUUUUCUCUACUUUCAAUUAGUAUGAUGAAUGAAGAAUUGAUUUCGUUUAUUAAAUAUUGAUGGAGCACUGGAAAUAAAUGGUAAAGUUUUUGAUAAAAUGUCAAUUUAAAGUCAGCUAAACAGGCAUUUCACUCCUCACUUGGGAUAAAAGUGUGGUGUAGAAAAUUAUGCAAAUACUAUUGAUGUAGAAUGCAAUCAUAGUUUGAGUAACAUCGAAAAAUUGCAAUUUUCUAUUCAUAUAAUUCUGUUUAAAUAAUCUCUUCAGACCCAUUAAGCGAAGCUGCCUAUCUCCUGCCAACACAAAAUAAUAAAUUAUAUGUACAACACAAG